GGACACCUGCGCGACUCCAGCUCCUAAUUUUCUUCCUCGGCGAGUCCCUGCUAAUACCUUAUUAACUCAUACAGCUGAAACAGAAAAUUUCCAUGUCCCGAGACAAGGUCAAUCACUCGAGGAGCAUUUAAUGAGCGAGUCAGAUGAUCUGGAUGCAUUUGCUGCUGAUGACUCUAGGCUUCUUUCUUCAGUAAAAUCUAUUGGGUCAGUCAUUUACUAAGAAGCACCACCAGAUUCACAACCGCAAUCCUCAAAUGAACUGGAUGAUGGUAACCAAAACACCGAUGGCACAAAGUCUCCAUUGGAAUCAAGGGACUCCAAGCAGUUAAUCCAUUCUAUGACUAAUUCCCAUGGCACCUACAAUUAAUCAUCAAACCUUCAUUAGGCUUGGCCAAGAAAAGAGUUCUCAUGGCAGAAUCCAGUAGUCUUCAUCAUCAACUUGCUGAACUGUUUCCUGGCAAAAUUAUAUGUCUCUCUGGGCCUCCUGGAGUUGGUAAAACCAGCAUUGGUCGUUCAAUGGCACGAGCAUUGAAUAGAAGGUUUUAUAGAUUUUCUGUAGGAGGCUUGGCUGAUGUAGCUGAAAUUAAGGGUCAUAGGCGCACCUAUGUUGGUGCAAUGCCAGGAAAGAUGGUGCAAUGCCUGAAAAAUGUGGGAACAGCUAAUCCUCUAGUUCUCAUAGAUGAGAUUGACAAGUUGGGGAAGGGACAUGCUGGUGAUCCAGCAAGUGCUUUGUUAGAGCUUCUAGACCCCGAGCAAAAUGCGAACUUUCUUGACCAUUUUCUUGAUGUUCCUAUUGACUUAUCCAAGGUUCUGUUUGUUUGCACAGCAAACGUAGUUGAGAUGAUACCAAACCCUCUUUUGGACAGAAUGGAGGUCAUUGCUCUUGCUGGUUAUAUCACUGAUGAAAAGAUGCAUAUUGCAAGGGACUAUUUGGAAAAGACUACUCGUGAAGCUUGUGGUAUCAAAUCUGAACAAGUUGAAGUGACUGAUGCAGCUCUUCUUGCUCUGAUAGAAAAUUAUUGCCGAGAGGCAGGUGUUCGGAAUCUUCAAAAGCAAAUUGAGAAGAUAUACCGCAAGAUAGCUCUGCAACUUGUCCGUCAAGGGGUGACAAAUGAGCAAUCUCUAAAAGUCAGCCUUCAGCAAGGAGCCAAACAGCUUAGAGAGAAAUCUACUGAAGAGCCUACUCAAAUUGCAGAUGAUGGUCCAGGGGGGAAGAAACUGGAGGAUGGGAACUCACACGAAAGGGCUACAACAACUACCUUAACAGAAUCUGAACAAGCAAUUGAAGUCUCGUUACAUGAACAGCCUAAUGGAACUGCCACAGAAGAAUCAGAAGCAACUUCUCAUGAGCAUCUUGUUGAACAGUUGGAGGCUGACAAAGUGCAGCCAACUCUCUUAUCAUCAGACGGUAUUGCAACAACGGACCAACCCGUUGAUUCAAAGGUCAAUAUAAAAACAAGUGAUGUAAAGGAUGUGAAAGUUGAUAAUGUGAUUGAAAAGGUCAUAGUUGAUGUCUCAAACCUGGCUGAUUUUGUGGGCAAACCAGUAUUCCAUGCCGAACGUAUAUAUGAUCAGACUCCAGUAGGAGUUGUCAUGGGUCUUGCUUGGACUGCAAUGGGUGGUUCAACAUUGUAUGUUGAGACCGCCCUAGUGGAGCAAGGAGAAGGGAAAGGUGCACUUCUAUUGACGGGUCAGCUCGGAGACGUCAUGAAGGAGAGUGCGCAAAUAGCUCAUACCGUAGCCAGAGCAAUAUUGCUUCAGAAAGAACCAGACAAUCCAUUUUUUGCAGACUCCAAGCUCCAUUUGCAUGUGCCGGCUGGUGCUACCCCCAAGGAUGGACCAAGUGCAGGGUGCACCAUGAUAACCUCAAUGUUGUCUCUUGCCAUGAAAAAGCAUGUUAAAAAAGAACUUGCAAUGACUGGUGAAGUAACAUUGACAGGACGGAUUCUCCCAAUUGGUGGGGUAAAGGAGAAGAUAAUUGCUGCAAGAAGAAGUGAGGUGAAGACUAUCAUAUUCCCAUCAGCUAACAGAAGAGAUUUUGAUGAGCUUGCUGGCAAUGUGAAGGAAGGCCUUGAAGUUCACUUCGUAGAUGAUUAUAACCAAAUAUUUGAGCUGGCUUUUGGAAGCAACUCUAAGCCACAAAUCUAAGUCUCUGAUCCACCUGUAUUGGGUCUUCACAUGUUAUAGUUUUCUUGACGACUGCAAGAAAUUCCAUGGUAGUUCUUCAUGAUGCAGCCACCAUGGACCAAUUCCAAAGAGAGUUAGCCUUUUAUUGAGGUCAUGGACAAUUCGUAACGGGCUUCCUAGAGCAUCCAUGAUUUGAAUGCUUGCAUGUACUGAUGCCUGAAGAUUGUUUAUUAAUUAUGUCUUACAACCAUUGCGAAAAAAAACCAUAGCACGGCUGUAUUUUUUGUGAUCUUUUCUGGAGGUGGAUGGUGGUCAAGAUAUAAAUACAUUAUUUCGGCAUUUUUGUUUUCAUCAAUACUCAAAUGUAAACUACUCUCAAAACCUAAAUUUUUUAUUCAUUCAAAUGUAUGAUGAUAGCUGAUUAUUAAUUUGAUCAUGUUUGCUGGAUUGGUUUCAACUUUCAA